CUUGAUAUAAUUUUUGCUAAACGCGAUUCAUGCAUAUGUUUUUCUAUUCGCUAUUGCGACCGCAUAAAUCAACCCUCAUCCGUGAAGAAGAAACUCAGGAGAGACUGAGAGACGACCUGAUCAUAGACAACGAGGGAAGACGUCAUGGCAAAAUUUGCGAUUGUUCCCAUCUUAGCCUCCGCUCUCUAUGCAUUCUCCCUCCUAUCCUCCUCCUUCGUGGUCGCUGCCCCAGCUACAGGAGGCGAGGAGGAGGAGUCCUAUGGCGUCUUUGGGAGGACCGUCAACCGGAAGAAGUUGCUGGGCUCGAAGAAGGAGAAGCUCAGCCACUUCAGAUUCUAUUGGCACGACGUCCUCAGUGGCAUGAACCCCACCUCCGUUAUGGUGGUUAAGCCCGUCAACGGCUCAAGGACCCUCUUUGGGCAGGUCAACAUGAUCGACAAUGCCCUGACUUUGGACCCGGACCCAAGCUCGAAGCUGGUCGGCCAUGCCCAGGGGUUCUAUGCCCCGACAAGCCAGGACCUGCCACUGGGCAUGCUAAUGGCCAUGAACUUCGUGUUCAUUGAGGGCAAGUACAAUGGUAGCACCAUCACCAUUCUCGGCCGAAACCCCGUGUUCAAUGCUGUGAGGGAAAUGCCAGUGGUCGGCGGCAGCGGCCUCUUCCGCUUUGCCCGCGGGUAUGUCCAGCUUCGAACCCACAACUUUGAUCCCAAGACUGGCGAUGCUACCGUUGAGUACAACGCUUACGUCUUUCAUUACUAAGUAAUGCGAUGCUACAGUUGAGUACAACGUUUACAUCUUUCAUUACUAUAGGGGUGUUACCGGUUUUGAUGAUCUUUAAUUUGAGGCUUUCCUUGCAAGUUUAUUUAUGGUACGUGCACCAAUCGAUAUUUUUAUGUUUUAUUUUUGGAACUUCACCUAUCGAAUUUCGUCCUCUGACUGUUUCAACCGUGCAAUAAUUUCGCGCGAUGGGAAGCUGAACAAUUUGUUGAUUUAUGAAAAGUAUUAUUUGUGA